AAUUGACGAAAAAUCGCUUCUAAUAAGACACACAAGGGCACUUGAAACAAUGUUUCAAUCGUUAUUGGCUCUAUGCUUUAUUGGAGUGGAAAUCGUUCAAGGUAGCACAUAUACAAUAUGCCGAAAUGGUUGGAUGGCUAACGAGGGUUCCUGUUAUUUGUUUGGACACGUCGAAGGUCCAAUGACUUUUACUACGGCUGAGGAAUACUGCCGUCAUCAUAGCAGCCAUCUUGUGCACGUGAACAACUCUGACGAGAAUGACUUUCUGAAGGAUCGAAUGAGACAAUUAAAACAUUUUAAACCAGAUGACCAUGCACACAACAACGAAGAUUGCGCAAUAUUUGACCAACCCCCGCACGACUUCAAGUGGGCCGAUGCCCCAUGUACAAUUUUUAAAGCUGUACCCGUGUGUGAGAUGUCAGGGUGGACAGACCCUGAAAUUGUGCUUGGAUAAACGACAUGCAGCAUCCACAAUCACGUUUGCAAAGAUGAAAACAACUCCUUGUUUCUAAACUAAGGUUCAAUUAUUAUAUACCAAUUACAACGCUACAAAUUUAUCUUUCUAGUUAUAUACACAUUCUUUCAAUGGAAAACGUUUUUUUAUUUGAC